CUCCCCCGCCGGGCCCGCCCCUCGUCGGGGGCAGCAGCGCGCAGUCUACCGCCGCCACCUCAGCCGAGCUCAGUCCCGACGGACGCUCGCCGCCAGCAGUCUGUAGCCCGCCGCCCGCCUCCCGGCGCUGACCGUUCUUCACACCCGCCGCCGCAGCCGGCGUGCCCGAGUGUCUUUAUUAUGCCUACCUGUACAAGAACCCAGGAGAUGAUGAGCCAUUAAUGUAGAAUAAGAUCUGGCUCUAAAGAAAGAGGCUCACUGGCCCAUUCAUCACACUUGAGAGAUGUUGAAAAUUAAACAUCCCCAGUUCAUCCAUGAGCUCGGAUUUCCCACAUUACAAUUUCAGGAUGCCUAAUAUUGGAUUCCAGAACCUGCCUCUCAACAUAUAUAUUGUGGUUUUUGGUACUGCUAUUUUUGUCUUCAUCCUUAGUUUACUCUUCUGUUGCUACUUGAUUAGGCUAAGACAUCAAGCACACAAAGAAUUUUAUGCUUACAAACAGGUUAUAUUAAAAGAGAAAGUAAAAGAACUGAAUUUACAUGAGCUCUGUGCAGUGUGUCUAGAAGACUUUAGGCCUCGAGAUGAGUUGGGCAUUUGUCCAUGUAAGCAUGCCUUUCACAGAAAGUGCCUUAUUAAGUGGCUGGAGGUUCGGAAAGUAUGUCCACUGUGCAACAUGCCAGUUCUGCAGCUGGCCCAGCUGCACAGUAAGCAGGACCGUGGACCCCCCCAAGGGCCCCUACCUGGGGCAGAGAACAUUGUAUAGCUCUCUCAAGGAUCAAACUGCUGUGGGAUCCGACGUCCAUGUGGAGCCAGGAGGAACACAAGCGGUCUCUGCGUUGGCUGCUCUACCUGGGGCACCAGCUGCCACUUCCUUUGCCUCAUGAAGAACUCGGGCCAGCUAAGCUGGGAAGCCAGACUGAUGGGUCUUGUGACAACCAAAGCACGCUGACACUACCCCAUGCCAAGAGGAGUGGAUGAUGGAUAACCCUUCUGGUUACGUUCAAGAAAUUUCACAAGGGUCUCUUGCUGAUGCCAUUACUGUCUCCCAGAUACUUCUCCAUGUCAAGGUGAAUCUUUAUCAAGCAGAAGGGAAGACAGAACUGUUAGAGAAGGGAACUGAGGGCCGGUCUUUAAAGCCACCCCCGCCCCCCACCCUGUGGGCAGAUGAGCUUCUAUGCAGACCGUGCAUGCCUUUGCAGCAGCAGACCCUCCUGGCAGUCCCUGAGCCAAGUAAAACCAGCGGUUACCUCAGCUGAAGCACGACUGGUUGCCAGUGAUUGGUGAGGCAGUGCCAACAAGGCUUUUCACAUUAUAUUCCUUUGAUAAGGUCAUCUAGGAACCCAAGGGCUUUGGUUACCACAGAGCAGCAGUGCCCCCUCACCACUCCUUCGCCCUCAAGUUCACACUUGCUUAUCCAAUCAUCUAAACACAUUAGAUGUGCUUGGAAAGGCUUGGUCGGAAGUCAUUUCCUCUUAUUCUGCCCCCUCCCACCCCGACUCACCAGUGAGGCCCAGACAAGCCACCCGUCAGGAGCCCCAGCAGGGGUUGGGUCUGAGCCCUACUGUCCCUGUGUGGGGCCUCAGGUUGCUGCCCACACCCCCAUACAAUGGGGUUCCAGUGCAGCUGCUGGGCUUAGCCCAUUGCCUCAGUAAGGAGCUGCUGCGAACCUCUCAGACCGCUCCCAAGGGAAGCUUCUUCCUGAAAAUGGCCAGUCCUCCAGGCCCUGCUGAGAUGAGAGGAUGCUGACCCCUUGCCUCUCCCCACUCCUUGCCUCUCUCGCCUUGUUUCUACUUAAGAGAAAAUGCCUGUCAUUGACUUUUUAACAAUUUAAAGCACCCCAAAUAAGAUCCUUUGUAAUUCUGAAGCCGGGAUCCACUUGAAAUUGUAAAUAAUUCCAGGAAGCUCCUGUAGGGCUGUUCACCCUUGGUGUGUGCCUCAGUAUUCAGACCUGUAAUUGAAAGUGUCUUUAUAGGAGAGAAGUGCAUGCUGCUCUUUGGCUUUCUGUCCAGCCUUUCUAGAAGUGACUCAAGAGUCCAUUCAGAUUUAUGAAUACUGUAUAAAUUUGCCAUCUGAAGUGGCUUUGGGUCAGAUAGAAAGUUCUUUUCCACGGCACUGCUUUCCACCUCCUUCAGUUACAGGGUGGACUCAUCAGCAGCUUUGCCUCUGCCCUACUCCCCAGGUGUGAGUGAGGACAGUUUCUCAUUGGACAUGUGGUCUACAUGGUAUGGAGAGAGAAUGGGAGGAAGCUGUACUACUCUGUUCAUGGCAUGACCCCAGGGAUUUUUUUUUCUGGAUUCCAGUCUCUACCAUCUUAGAAUGGGAAAUGAAACCUGUCCUUGGCUCAGAUAUCUGGGGUCAGACGAGGAGGAAAAUUCCCAUUAGCUUAGUAAAGUGCUGGACAAAAUCCAGUUUGGAAAAUUACAAAUCCAGUUGGUCAGAAUUGGCUGUUUCUUUCCUCCGUGUGACCUAUUCAUGGCACGCCCACUGGCUGCUGCUUCAACAGGGCAAGGAAGCGUGGGGGAUUUUUAUAUGAAAGUCUUAGCCUGUUGGGCAUCUUGAAAAGAACUUUUCACAUGCUCCUACUUUCACCAUUUCUGUGGUCUGUGUUUGUAGCACAAUGGAGCUGAAUAUUGCAAAGCACCCAGUUUACAGUGAAAUGUUUCCAGUGACCAAGAUCAAAAGUAGGCCUGCUUCUGGACUAGCCUCAUUUGUGGCAAACACCCACCAUUCCCCGUGGAAUGGCUUUGGAACAAAUCUCACCUUGUUACGGGGUUCCAACAGGAAAGAGAAUUCUUUUCAAGGGAGGAAUUCUCGUGCUCUAAAAACUGCAAAUGAUUUCAGCUCACAGCUUUGGCAGGAUUAUAACUGAUCAAUUAGUUGCAGCUUUUUUCUGUCCCUGUAUGUGUAGGUAGAUUAGUUCAUUUCCCCAAAUCACAGGAAGCAGGAAGGGCAAAUUGACAUGGUUGGUGCAUAGUUCCAGCCAUUAGAGGAAAGCUCCAGAAUGCUGUGCACUCUCCAUUGGGCACCAACCCCCAAGAGGUGCCACUAACAUGACCUCAACACCUGUGAAUGCAGAGGGCUUUUUAAAUGCAGCCCUUUCACCAGGGUGGGGCUGGACGUGGAAUGGUGAGUGUUCACUCUUAGCAGGACAACCUGAAUGCACUUGCUCCCAUCUGGGUCCUCCUCCAGGACUCUGUGCUGCAGUACCAUUAUUGCCAAUGGCAAGGGCUUAAUUUACAUUUUCCUUUAAUUCUGAUUAAAACACAGUUGUCUGUGGACAAGGUAAAUCUUCAUCAGAACUCUUUUCAAGAAUGAGAAAGGAUCCCCUAAUACUCUUGAAACAGGCUCACACCUUAACACUGAGGCCACCCUGGCCAUGUCUGUCUGUCUUUUGUUGGUAAGUUGUUGAACUUUUGUUACGAAUCUGUAGACAUGUGGGGACUCUGGUCUGCUCUGGGCCACUGGCUGGUGACAUGGCAGGUUUUUUGUUUUGUUUUGUUUUUUUACUUUGUCUUAAUGUGUCUUAAGCAGCUCAGAGAUUGGAUGUUACUUGUAUGCUGUGGGUUAAAAGAACAUAACUCAUAGCCCCAGCUGAACUCCAGAGGUAGCUGGAUCAUUAAUCUAGUUGUUGCUAGGGGUACAGCUGAAUUUAAGUGGCUUUAGAAACGGAACAAAACCAGCCUGACUUGAUUUCGGAUUAAGUAGUCAUUAAGACGUUGUCAUCUGCCGUUUCUCUGCCACAGUGUGAUUUGGUUGGGCCUAUUCCUGGCAGGUAAGGUCCUCAUAGCCUGUGCCCACCAAGGCAGAAAGCAGGAUUAGACAGAAAUGGCCAGAUGCAAGUAGAAGGUCCAUGAGGAAGCCUGAGCUGAGGAAUACAGGGAACAUUCCAUCACUGUCAGUUAGCCUGUUCUUGACACAUCUUGACAAAUUAAGAUUCUUUACCCUAGGCCAAGUCCCUUGGACCUAUCAGAGGACCAAUUUGUCCCUUUCCACAGCCCCAUUCCAACAGCAGCCACCUUUGUGGCUUGGUCCUGCUCUGCUAAGCUAUUCUGAACUGCAGUUAUUUUUCUGAAAGGCUUUUUGAGAAUUAUGAAAUGAACAGAGGGAAUGCCCAGAGCUCUGGACAGAAAAAAUACGGAGUGAUUUGAAUCAUCCCUUGCCAUUCACUAGCCAUGUGUCUUUAUGCAAGUUAGUCUCCCAAAGCUGGUUUCCCUAUCUGCCAUUUAAGAAUCAAUCAUAGUAACAUUUUUGUUGGCUCUCGUGAGGACCAUACAUGUCCAAAGCCUGGUGGGCAGUAGGCCUGGGGUUGUGUAAGCUCCUAAUUAUAGCCAGCAUCAUGCCAGUUACGCAGGGCUCCUCUGAGCAAGAGUCUCCUAAGAUACAGGGGCUCCCUUAGGUAGGGCCUGUGUUUGCCUGGGUCCCUUCCUUUUCCUCACCUGAUCUUGCAUAGUCCCCUCCAUCUAUCUUUGCUCAUAAUGCUUCUUGGCAGCUAUUCCUUAAGUUUCUGAAUAGGUAAUCCCUCAUAUAAUUCACGAGUCAUACUCGUACUUGCAUCCCUAACCUAGCAAGCCCAACUUACUGCCCCUUGAACACCCACUUACAGUAUGUUCCACGUAGAUCUUUCCAGAGACCAUUUUUGCAUAAACAGAUUGCACAUACGUGUAUACAUAACUUUUCUUCUUUUUUUACUCAUGUGAUGCCAGACCAGUAUAUCCAAGGAGCAGUCCUAUUCAUGGGGAAGAGCCAUACCAGAAGUCAGAGUAUCUGUAAAAGGUGAGCCCAUAAUUGGAGGAUAUCUUUGCAAUCACAUUUCUUUUUGAAUAAGGCAUUAUUUUUUAUUGAUUGCAGCAUACUAAAAUUCUAGUCCAUACAAAGCAGAAAUAGCAAUCUGUCCCUGACCCUUGCCACACAGAUACUCGGAUAAUAAUGAGCACAGCCAGUUUCCAGACUGUGCACAAGGACAGUCUGGCCUGUGAAAGGACACUCAAGAGCAGGCUCUGCUGUGUUGCUGAGAACAGCCAUGCAGACCUCUUGUCCAGGUCCAGCAGCCUUUACACCCCCUGCUCCCCACCCAGCCCCAUCCAAUGGGGUGAUGUCUGGCUACAGCUGCCAUGAUUUCUUAGGUGAGUUAUUGUGUUUCUGAGGCAGGAGUCUGAUAUGCAGCAGCAACUGAAGCCUGAGGCAUCCUUCCUUUUGGGGGACAGAUGUCUCGGAUGAUGUUAAGCAGGUAGGUGGUCGGUCUCCUCAAAAUUAACCAUAGAUACACACACUUCAGUGUCCGUGUUCAAGGUCCUGGCUCUGCUCCCUUUCUCUCCCCAUUCUUUAUGCACACCUUAUAAAGAAAAUGCUUGCCACAGAAUUCUUUCCAUUCAAAGAAAAAAAUGUCUUACAAAACUGCUUCUUCCAGGCAGCCCCAGAGGGAGGGGCAUGGACUCCUGCAUCUUGGUUCUCACCCACUUCCCUGGGGUCCAGACUCCCAGAGCAGCAGCCCAGGGCUUACCUUGGAUUAAAAGUGCAACUUGGGCCCCUAACCUGAAACUUGAAAUUGUAUGUGAAAUGCUAUCCUUCUCACCUGAGUAUCUGGCCUCGGGAUAGACUUUCAUAUUAGGUAUUACAAGUUUAAGUAAAAGAGUCUAAGUAAAAGGGUCUAAAAUCACAAUGUCUAAAUUCUGAUGAAAUCUGCAGUUAACUGGAAGUCGUUCUUUAGAUUAACAAAAGAUCCCAUGUGCCAUGGACUGUACUUCCAUUUGAGUGGGACGAUCACGAGAAAAAUAGAGGGCCUUGUUCGAUAAAUCUUUGUCCAGUUCACCUUUAGAGCCCAACUUGUUGCAGAAUGCAGAUAGUUUUGUUCCAUGUUUAGACCAAGCAUUGCACCCUUGCUUACCAAUCCAGUGCUCACUUCUGUGUCUCUUGGAUCAGG